UUCCAGUGCCUGUUCGGUGUGGAUUAUAACUUGAAUACUUCCUGAAAGCCUUUGUUAAGUUCCUCACAUACCUCCUUAUAAUUUUCUGUGUCCUCCCUCACUUUUUUCAGGUCUGAUAACUUGAUCAUUCACAGUCAUCGUCCUCCUGAUAUGGCUAUGGAACAGUUUUGGCUCAUGUGUGUGCGUAUGUGCGCUAAACUUGCUGUCAGACACCUUAAAACACACACCUGUUCACCACUCCUCCACAACUCUCACGCACGUACACACACACACACACACACUGACACCCACACAUGUUUUCGUAAACUCUCAUACACCCACACACACCCCCGCGGACGCCAGACACACCGUCUGCUCACAGGGAGGCUGAUCUAGCGUCUAGCAAGUAAGGCAUCACCAGCACCAACCACAACAGCAGCAGGAAACAGCAUCAGCAGCAAAAAAAGAGAGAAGAAGAUCAACAGCAAAUAUUAUCUAUAUAGGUGUGAGUUUGUGAGGCAGGAGAGAGGGAGGGCCUUGACUACCACACUAGCAUCACCGCAUCAUCGAUGCUAGCGGGGAGAGGAACUUGUGGUAGUUAACGACGCCACCGCUACGGUCAUCAAGUUGUAAUAAUACUGACCUCUAGUACCGCAGGCUGGAAGAUUCUUGACACGUCUAGAGCAAGAAUACUGAGUGGGUGACUGAGGAUGCCGUAUUCAUCUGCUUUCUCGAAGAAACAUUCAUUAGGGUGGACCCUGUAAGAAUCUUGCGUUCUAAGAUUGCAGCUUGUUGUCUUUAUGUCCAAGCAUACUCUUUAUAAGCAUACAAGCGUAGUCGUCCUUAAAAAAGUGAACUAAAAGAGAAACCUUUCCCUUUCUCAUCCACACUGUCCCAUCUAUUAUUCCUUCAGUGGCAGUCGGUGUAAGCAGAUGGAUGAGACAGACAGAAUGUGGGAGGCUCACCCUGUGUGCAAGUCCUUGCUUGAUCUUUCUGACCCCAAGUCCCUCAGCAUCUCGGUGCCAUCCAGAGGUUCUCCUCUCACCACUCACGGAUUUCCUGUUAAGUGUCAGACUGAUCAAGUUUCCCAAUGUUCCAACUUUUAUACACCUAAUUUCGAGGCCUUCACCUGUUAUUCUAAUCGAAAUGUUAAAUGGUAUUCUGAUCAACAUGCUCAUGACCAGCUUUGUGAGGAAAAAUAUGUAUUUGCCGGCUGUCAGCGAACCCAGAGUCACUGCGCUGAUAAGUUCCUCGUGCAGUGCCGUCCAAAAUUCAAUCCCCAUGUCACCCAUGGACACAAUAGUGACCCCACGCUCCCGCUACACCAGGACUCUCCUACGAAACAGUCUGAAAGUCAAGGUGUUACUGAACUCAUGUCCAUCAUGCAGAAAUCAAGGAGCAAAAGUCGAGCACGGGUGUCCUUACCUUCCCGUUCCGAAACUAUGCUAACAGAGGAGGAGCUCCGUUCUGCACUGCCGGCGAGAGAUAUUAAUGAAAUACUGCAUCUCCAGAAAUCGCAUCGCGAUGCAUUCUCUUUUUUCCCUUUACCUGAAAUUGUUAACGGGAAUGAAGUCGACAGCUUGUGGCAGCUUUAUAGUCUCUUCGUCGAACGACAGAGUUCGUUUUACACACAAAUACCAUUGUUCAGGCUGCUGGCCGCCUCUGACCGCCAGAAACUGCUAAGUCUGGCGGUGGGCAUCAGCACUCAUGUGUCCGCCGCCCAGCUCAUGGACGACGAGGAGUACACCUGGCCACGUAAGGACGCGCCGCCCUUCACAAACCACACCAAGGUUCUGUCCGCUACCACCAUCCGCCAGAUUGUUUCUCAUGAUCACUUUGUGCUCCUCAUGACAUUUUACAUGCAUUAUACUCGUCUCUUUGCAGACCCGAGGGUAGCAUUGUUGACACAGGUGCUCACACUCUUCUGCCAGGAGCCAGAACUGAUUGAUGCUGACGCCGUCAAGUGCGGACGUCAACAUUAUCUGGGGUUGCUCACCCGUUACCUGACAGCGGUGUACGGUAGCCAACGCGGCGCUGACAUGCUCAGAUCUCUCCUCAUCAGCCAGGAAGAAGCCAGACAACUCACUGUCUUAUACCACCACGUGGAACUGGCUCCUCAGGCCCAAAAGAAUAAUGUGCGAGACAUAACGAACACAAUAGCUAUAAAUUUCCAGAAGGUUUGCGUUAUCGCACGGGAUACAGCACUGAAGGUCAAGAACCGCCGCCAUCUCGCACACGAGACAGAUGGUGAAGUCGCCCAGAUCUUGCAUAACAAUAGUGAAGAGCUAACCCUGGUCAAUAACCUGCUGGUGUGUCUGGCCGAGUGUGAUGACCCUCACAUGCUGGCAGCGGCCCGUCACCUCCUCCCUCAGGACCUCCUCCAAAGAUUUCUUCAGCUCGUGCAGUAAAGAAGGUCCCGUGCUCAGUAGCAGGGGAGAAUGUGGAGGAAAAACGUGUUCCGUGGCAGAAUUUGUGAUGAAAUGUUAGGGGUGGUUUUAUUCAGUCAUAAACUACCUGCUGAUGAAUAAUGUCUAUGGUGGCACUCCAGACUUUGCUGCCUAUAGUUAUGAUGACGUCAUUGUAUCCACGUCAUCCCCAUCCCCAUGGGUAUGGAUACAUCAUAGCCAUCCACGACCAGUGGGAGUGUGGCUCAGGCCUCAUCACCCGUGAUCCAGAUCAUGACCCGGCGGUUCACUCUUCUAAGAGCUGAUUCCACAGUACUUUCUGCAGGUGGGAGCUGCUCCCAGCUCAUCUACUCCGCCGACAACAAAUACAAGCGAAGAUAUGCAAGUUUUGUCAUACUUAUUCUUGGCUUGUAGACUUGGCAGAUACAUGCUUCAAGUUUGGUAGUUAGAAAAUGGGGUGCGCUACCGCCCACAGGAUGGGUAUGAGGUGCGCUACCGCCCACAGGAUGGGUAUGAGGUGCGCUACCGCCCACAGGAUGGGUAUGGAGUGCUCUACCGG